CAUUGCUAUUUGUAUUUCUUUGCUGAUGCUCCGCACUUAAUCAAGACCACAAGAAACUGUCUGCUGCAUUCUUGAUCAAGCACAUGCACAAGGUACAUGUGGAACAAUGGCAUGUACCUUUUAUGGCAACACAUUGCUCAAUUGUUCUACCAGGACAUUGACAGUGGUCUUAAGCUCCUUCCCAAGCCAACCUACGAGCACAUCAAUCUCAACUCAUACUCAGUUAUGAGAGUCAACCUGGCAGCACAAGUCCUAAGUGCCUCAGUGUCUGCUGUCCUAAAGUCAUUUGGUCCACCAGAAUCACAUGGUACUGCAAAACUGUGUGAGAUGGUAGAUAAGUUCUUUGAUUGCCUGAAUGUGAGGAGCUUGUCUGAACAUCAACGGAAAAGGAAGCCAUUUUUAGCCCUCUACUCUAGACGUGAUGACGAAAGAUUCCAGUGGUUGUUGGACUUCUUAGCCUACCUGAAAAGCUGGAAAGAAAGUACUGAUGCCAGGCCUGGAAACUUUACAAAGAAUGCUCGAGCUAGGAUAUUCUUAUCUCGGCAAACUUAUGAAGGGUUCAAAAUAACCAUCUAUUCUGCGAACGAAGCCACUAAAUUUCUACUUAGCGAAAGUAUGGAAUAUGUAUUGACAGAACGUGUUUAUCAAGAUCCAGUUGAAAAGUAUUUCGGUAAUCAGCGGAAAUUACAUGUAGGACAACAGAAUGACAACCCUGAUGUAUACUCUUUUGGCUACCAUGACAACACCAUUAGAAUGCAAAGAACAAUAUCCUAUCAAAGUGGGAAUACAAUAGGUAGAAAGGACAAGCGCAGAGCUUGGGUCAAUGUGACCAAUGAUCCUCUACCUGCUAGAAAGAAACCAAAGAAAUCUUGAAAAAAACUACUUGUUUUUUAUUUGUGUAGAUGCCACAGUGUUUUCAUUUCUUGUUUGUACAAGUAGAAAAG